CAGUGAACCGCCAUGGGAAUCAUUUCUAAUCUGGCAGAUAUGUAAAUUUGAUAGUUAUGUCUUCAUCUUUCUUUUCUUUCCAGGUCGAAAGAGAACCAGGUGACAACUUUGAAGAUAUUACAUUCGAAUCCAUUGUCAAAGUAGAACCAGGUGACAAUUCAGAUGAUAUUUCGUUUGAAACCAUCGAGGAGCUGAAGCCACUGAUGAGAGCGUUUCUUGAUCCUGAGGAGACAUCUAAUGGUGAGGAAAAACUGGAACAUGAGGAUCCUUUGGCAAUGUGCAAUGAAAGUUUUAACGGCAAGAGCACUCCUCCGUCUGUUGGUGGAGAAUAUGGCAGCUUCACUGAAUCGCACAAUCAAGUAGAAAGCUAUUGGGAAAAGAGCAACGGCGCCUGCUACAAAGGAAAUGAUAUUACACUUUACAAAGCCGAAAAGAAACUAAACGAGUGUGCUCCAUCGAACAAACAUUCAGAGAACGACACACAUUUUUCAAAUCCAGAUAACGCAAGGCAGAAAGAUGAACGCCUUGUUUGCCCUACGAGCUUGUCGGAAAAUGAACAUGACAUUAGUUUCCCGCCGAAAGCGAAAAAUUUAGAAUGUUUCGUAUGUCAAAAAAAAUUCAGUCGGAGGUCAAAGCUUGUUAGGCAUAUGCGAAGCCACAGCGGCGAACGCCCUUAUGAAUGCAGUGUCUGCCGAAAAGGCUUUGCCCAUCAGGAUUUAGCUAAACACAUGCGCAAUCACAGCGGCGAGCGUUCCUAUGAAUGUGCGGUUUGUCAAAAAAGUUUCCUAGAUAGAUCUGCUUUAGUCAGGCACAUGGAGAUACACAGUGCACGCCGUCAUGAAUGCUCCAUCUGCCAGAAAAGCUUCGCGGAUAGAAGCUAUUUAGUCAGACACAGGCGGUUCCACACCGGUGAAUGCCCUAAUGAAUGUUCCGUCUGCCAAAGGAGCUUCGUUCAGAAAGCUGACCUAGUUACGCACAUGCGGAUACACAACGGUGAACGUCCCUUUAAAUGUUCG